AUGGAGCCUGCCCUGAUUUAUCGAGCGUUGUGCGUAUUACUUCUUAGAGAACAAAAUGUCACCUUUAUACAAGAUGUUGUGUCAAUGUUGCAUGGGGUAUUGUUGACUGCGACAGAGCUAUUUAUUCUCCGCGAUCAGCUAAGAACGCUCGAAGGCAAGGACUCGAUCUCUUUAUUCGAAUGCGUGUUUCGUUGUUGGUGCUAUCGACCAAUUGCUCUGCUUGGCUUAUGUCUUUUGUCGCAGAAUUAUGCACAAGCCGCUGAAAUUGCGUUAAUGUUGUCCCAGGUGGAUAUGACAUUGGAUGUUCUUGUAGAAAUCGACAAAUUGGUCAAUAUGAUAGAAAGCCCUAUCCUUGCAUAUGUCAGAAUGGACUUACUUUCUGCCUGUCAUCAGCGAUCUCUAUCGACAGUAUUAUCAGCUUUGUUGAUGCUCAUGCCACAGUCUGAUGCAUUCCACACAUUGCACAAAAGGCUGCAAGCCGUACCAGCUCUUACAGUUGUAGGGUCA